AUGAGCAACUACGAUGAGACAUCUACUGCAGCAAACAUGCAGAAGGUCUUCGAGGCGAUGCCAGAUACUGAUUGCCGGCCCAACAUUGUUUUGUUCGACGCUCGGGGCCACGGCACCAGUACCGGUUGGGAAAGAGGAGGACCGGAGCAAUUUCAUUGGCGAUGCCUCGGCGUGGACAUGCUUCAGGUUGCUGCUGCGCACACGGAGCAGCCCUGGGAUCCGAGUUACAUUCUGGGAGGGUGUAGCAUGGGUGCUGCAGCGGCUGUUUGGGCCGCACUUCUCUCACCGCGGAAGGUGCGUGGACUUGUUCUCUACAUGGUCCCAACAAUGUGGGCGAGCAGACAGGCCCGACGAGGCGUCCUCGAAGCAAAGGCGGCGUCUGCUCGUGAAACGGAUCCUGUAAAAGCUGAAGUCAUGCUUGGUGCCGCGCGUGCAGACUUCCCUCCCCGGGAAGACAUGCAGAGACUAGCGGCAACAGGGAUCCCAGUCCUCGUGGUGAAUGCGCGUGAAGAUGCGAUCCACCCCAUGAGCUCUGCAGAGACCAUGAAAGAGAUCUUUGGCCAAAGUGCAACUCUGGUGGUCGUUGACAAGGUGGAGGAUGCCCCCAGUGUCUUCAUGCAGGAGCUCAUCAAGUGGCUAACAUCCCUGCCAGUUGCCAGCAAAGAGCGAUGA